CUUUAUUACAUCAAUCAAUUCCAGCACAAGCCAAUCAUAACAAACUGUAUAUGAAAACUUGGAUGCUGCGGUGUUUUCACUCAAUUCCAAAUUGAUUAAAAAAAUUUAAGUCAUUACUAGAAUAAUAUAUCAAUGAUUUAUGCAAAACGUCAAUGUGAAGUUUGUCAAAAAGUUUGAAUUUCAAAAAUUAAAUUAGCACGGUCCCUAUCGUAUAAAUAAUUUAUGCAAAACGUCAAUAUGAAGUUUCUCAAAAAAUUGUCGAAAAAAAUGGAUAUAAAUUGUUUUGGUUGUUAAAACAUACUUUUAAAAUGCAGUAUCUACUAUAUCUUACGAAAACAAAGCAAAUGAUAUUCAUAGUUUUUUUCUUAUUGUUAAAUAAUCUUUCCAAACAACGCGAGAUCCUUUCCCUAGCCCUCUUCGUAGCUUGUACUCAAGCUAUCCGUUACGACGGCCACGAAGCUACUUCACACAUCGUAUUCAACGACAACCACAACACUGUACACCACAUCCAAUCCGCCUAUGCAGCUCCCGCCCACGGAUAUGCCUCUCCAGCCGUCCACUACUCCCAUGCCGCUCCAGCUGCACACUACAACGCUCCAUCUGUUCAGUACGCCGCUCCAACUGCUCACUACGCAGCGCCAGCAUACAAAGUCAAAGUAGCCGCUCCAGUACUUGUAAAGAGCGCAGCUCCAGCCCAUGGACACGCCAGCUCUUACUCCAGCUUGAGCUUCGGACAAGACUCUCACUACGCCGCGCCUGCUCAAUAUGCCGCUCCAGCUCACUAUGCUGCCCCAGCUCAAUAUGCUGCUUCAGCUCAUUAUGCUGCUCCAGCUCAUUAUGCUGCUCCAGCCCCAGUCGCUAAAUAUGCUGUAGCUGCUCCAGCUUACCACGGUAGCUCUUAUUCUACUUACGCUGCUCCCGCUAUCCACGCUGCUCCAGCUGUAACCAAAUUUGUAGCUCCAGUUGCUAAAGUUAUUGCCGCUCCAGCUUACCACCAUGCUCCUUCUUACCAUCACGAAGAAGAAUAUGCACCAGCCAAAUACGACUUUGCCUACGGUGUAGAAGACCACCAAACUGGUGACAUCCACUCCCACAAAGAAUCCCGCGAAGGAGACGUUACCCACGGUGAAUACUCCCUCCACGAAGCCGAUGGAACCAUCAGAACUGUUAAAUACAGCGUAGACAAACACAGCGGAUUCAACGCAGUAGUUGAAAGAUCCGGCCAUGCCGGUCAUGCCAGUCACGCUCAACCCAUCAAAGUACUUAAAGCUGUCGCUGCUCCAGCUCAAUACUACCAUCAUUAGAGUCUGAU